AUGAUCCAAGCUGAAAGUGUGCAGAAAAGUCAUGUGAGUGCAUCUGCAGAGCUGCCUAGUGCAGGCCAUGCUCAGCACAGACAGGAAUCAGCUUUCAAAGAAUGCUCAAGUUUACUCUGUGCAAUCACAGACAGGGCAAAAGACAUCCACACAGGGCCGGAGUGGAGUGGUGCAGGGCCACAGGGGUCUUAUCUUGCACAUAGCGUUCUGUCCAGACAAACAGAGGAACUUAUCAGUAAAAUAGAAAAGAUUGGAGACACAACUGUUUAUAACAGUGAUAGAGGAGAAAGGGCCAGCAAGGCUGCAUAUGAAAUGACUAAAGAGAGCAAACAGGAAGGGCAAACAUACAAUGACAGUGAAUCUGAGAACCCUGCUCAUCAUAUAACUCCUAGAUCUCCAAAAAGGAUUCCACCCAGUGGGAUCCCUACUGCUCCCCUUGAGAUUCAAAUCCCCAGAAGUGUGUUUUACGUGGCCCAAGAUAUUGAGGAGAAAAAAAAGGCUGAAGCUCAAGGUGAUGAGGGGAAAGACUGGGAAGCAGGUAAAGGGGUUGAAAGGAGGGAUAGCUGGAGGAUAGGGAAGCCCCUAAGUCGCAUUGAGUCCCUGCGAGAGAAAAUCAGACAAAGAGAGCUGGAGAAGCGACAAAAAGACGCCCAAGAUGGAGGUGAAGCUGCAGAGAAAAAUGACACAGCUGGAGCGAGUUAUGAUGAGAGGGGAACUGAGAUAGAGAAAGAGAGAGAACCUGCAGCGAUUAUGCGGAAGAGGCCGGUCGAAGCAGACAGGGGACAGGAAGACACAACAGUGCAGACAUCCAUGACAGCGCUUGACGUCAAACAGGAAGUGUUGAAAACCAGCCCCCAACAUCCUGUUUCUGUCCCACACUCGCUACCAGCUACCAGAAGAGAGGAAGUAACAAGUGUGUUUGCCACUGCUGCCACUGAAGGUAUCUCAGACAGCUCCCAGACGAAUGAGGAUGAAGAGAGCCCGCUAAAAAAUGUGGAGGAACAGCUGAGGCGCUACAGGAGCCAACAGGAGGACAAAGAAAUCGAAAGGACCGACGAGGACAAGCAACUCUCAGAGGUGAAAGCUGAGGAUUAUCCAUCACCUCUGGAUUCUUUACAGUCACUCACUCCUUUGCAACCACAUCCCAAUUCUCUCACAGCCAUGAGCCGGAUCUACAACUUGGAAACAGUAGGCUCGAGGUCAGGCUUGUGUCUAAAGGAGAGGACUGUAGAUAUCCCACCGGUGCACCUUGUAAAAGUCAAGCCCCUCAAUUCAAAUGCACAGCAACCAGACAGCAAAGGUGAAGACUCUUGUGGAGUUCAGACGAUUCAACAACAGAUAGAGCAGUUUCAGCUGAAAGAGCAGGAAGCACUGAAGUCAUGUACAUUGACAAAUAAUCCUCUUAAUGUCAGGGGGACCAAGGGGCAGCAAAGUUCAAAGGAAGUACUCAAGCACCUUGUAAAGGACAAUGCCAAGACUCAGGAGAAAGACCAAGAAUCAUCUGAAUCAAACCUUCCUCAGCGUUCUUGUUCCCCAACGUCUCGGUUUAAGCCGUUGAACCAAAACAUCACCGUCAACCCAUCACUUCUCAGGAGCCAAUCCCCGGACAAUACCCUGAAACCCACAGAUUGUACCUCGACCCCAGUCUGCUCCCCAUCUCCUGCCCAAUCUCCUAGCAUCUCCCCAUCUUCUACCCCAUCCCCCACACUCUUUUCCAUCAGGAGUGCCUCUGGCGGCCAGGUGAAGAGAGGUGCCACCAUCACGAUAUCGCCGAGAAAAACUACAGGGGUGGCAGGGUCCACCACUGCGUCCCCCACAACAGGGUCAACUGCCUCAAAGACCUCACAGCAGCAGGCCCAGACGGCAUCCACUUUAGCUGAGCCAUCAAAAAAGAAGUACCCAACUGUGGAAGAGAUUGAGGUGAUUGGUGGAUAUCAGAAUCUGGACAGGUCCUGUCUGGUCAAGAUCAGAGGUACCCCCAAAAGGGGAAAGGUUUGUUUUGAUGAGGAUCAGCUGGAGCAGCUGUGUGAGUACCCAUCAGAGACCUCCAUGCUGGCCAGUACCCCCUUCCCUCAUGACCUGUGGAGGACUGAGAGGCCACAGAAUGAGGACGCGCAGGAUGAGGAGGCCGAAGUGGAGGGAGGAGGGAUUGUGUCCAAAGGCAUAAGGAACGUAGGGAUUUCAACAGGACGAGGCCUAAGAGUGGAUGAGUCUUGCCCUCGGUAGAAGCCAGUCACCUCACCAAAAUUGCCCAUGUGAUGAGAUCACCAACAUUUUGUUGAACAGCAGCGCGUGUUGUCUGUUAUCUUUUUGUUGUUUUUUAUGUGGUUGAGUGAGUUGAAGUGAGUGCUUGUAUAUCUUUGUGGUGUUUCUAUUUUGAAGUAGCAUCAAAAUGAAUAAGUGUUUGAAAAAGACAUGAACAGAUGCGUUUGGUUUAUGCAGAGGAAAAUAAUUGUUUACUGGAUAAAAUAUCAUUUAGUCUAAUUUUCAGGAAAGUGACGACAAAUGUGAAUGUAUACAUGUGGUACAUGUUAUAAACACCCUCAGGUGUGCCCUUUGGGGCAGUGAAAGAUCACUUGUCUAUGCAAUUAAAUGAUCAAAUUUUAUUUUUUAGUUUAUUUGAUAGUUUAUUAACUUUCUAAAUUAAUGUAAGUAUUGCAUCAGCACUGAAGAGUGAUGUUUAUAUCAUCUGGUUCAUGUGCCUAUUGGAUUUGCCCAUACAGAUGAUAUGAAGAUUGAUUUAUAUAAUUUUUUAAUGCUUUGGACUGAAGCCUUUUUAUUGACCUUCUCUCAGCGGGUGUUGUGUUGAACAUUGUAGAAUCAGGGUCGGUGCAAUGUGUGCUCUGUGGGUUUUUGUUGAGCCUUACUGUUCACAAUAACAACUCUGGUAACGGUUCAGUCAGUGUGUGGAUGUCAAUGAAAUUAUCUUUUUUUUUUUUGUUAUGUGGAUGAUGACAGAGUUGUGUGAGUGAGAGUCCCUGAGAGGAAGCUGAUCUAACAUCAUAAGUCAUCAUAUUACAGCCAUUAUCAAACUCCUGGUUGUGUAAACUCUACAAAACAAUAUCAACUCAGAGUAUUUCUUAUUUGUACAUUUAUGUGAAAUUGGUGGAAGAUGGAAAUCUGCAAAUUAUUUUUUUCUAUGACAGUUUAAGAAGCUGGCUUCAAAAGAAAAAAAAAUCAAAUAAAUA